AGAGAGAGAGAGAGAGAGACACAGAGAGACACAGAGAGACACAUCCUCCCUGCACAGGGCUUGACAUGCAUAUCAGCAGGCAGAGAACGUCGACGACGGCGGUUGCAAUGGCCAGAAGAACGUUGGCGUUGAGCACGGCGAGAGCGCAAGCGAAGCAGAUGACAACUGAAAUUCGAAUGUGUUAGCUGUUAAAUUCGCCUAUCGUCAACAUAACAACAUUUUGAGUCAUGUCCACACUUCGGUUUCCGUUUCCGGCAUGCACUGACAUCAACAAACAACAAUCUCAAGAUCAGCAAUAACAAUAAGAACAGCUCGUUGUAGCUACAGACAAUUUGUGCUGAAAACAUAAUCCAAAAACGAACACAACCGCAUCAGCAUAUAUUAUAUAAACAUAUAAUUAUAUAAACUUGUGGCAUAAGCAAAAGGCCUAUUUAAAAUGGGCAGUCUGCCGAACUUGCACGAGCUGGAGGCAGCGGAACGCAAACGCGAGAAGCGCAGGGAGUACGAGCUGCUCCUGGAGCAGCGUGCAAGAGACACCAGCCGGGAGCGGGAGCGUUUGUCAAUUUUCGCCCAGCAGCGAAAGCAAUCGUCCUACAAUGCCUAUAUUAUGGCCGGCCUGGGCAUCGGCGGUGGCUCGUUGAGCCUGACAGCAACGGCGACGGCGAGCAGUACGGUGGCAGCUAACGGACAUGGCAGUGGCAACGGAGAUCUGGCCAGUGGCAACAGUGCAAAGUCUCCAGCAGUCGCAGCUGUGGCACCAACAACGACAACGACAACAGCAACCGCAACCGCAACAUCAUCGUCGUCCGUGGCAGCAACUAAGAUGCUGAGCAGCUUUGCAAUGCUGGGAUUGGUCACCAAGAAGUAUUCGCAUCCAUACCAUCCGCAUCAGCAGCACCAGCAUCAGCAUCAUCAUCAGCAGCACCAGCAGCAUCAACAGCAUCACCAGCAUCGGCAUUCGCUUACCACAAGGCAUCGCGUGCUGCGGACUCGAACACGCAGCUCGGGCGGGGCACAGAAUCUGUGGGACGAGCAGAUGAUGGAGCAUUUGGCCGCCUACUCACCGUCACCCAUCUCGACGCGUUCGCAUCGGAUCAAUCCGGUAUCCUCGUACCAGGUGCAGGCGGCCUUGGCGGCAUCACGACGUCGCGAAUCGAUAAACAGUUCGAUUGGGGCAACAUCGAUCCGUCGUCUGAUAACGCUGAAUAAUCGCAAUUGCCGGCAUAAGGUGCCCGCCCAUGUGCGCCAGAGAGUGUGGCGGCAGUUCACCUGCCUCAGCAUUGGCCACGGCCUGAUGAGCGCCGUCCUGCUGCCGGUGAUGGCGCUUCAGGGCUCCAAUUCGGUGUGGCAUCAUCGCGAGCAGUGGCUGCCGCUCGGUCCAAACAUUGGUUCGCUGCUGUUGAGCGCCCUAUUCCUGCUCGCAGCCUGCACAAGUCUGCCCAGCACACGGCUCAUCCGACGCUUUGGCUAUACGCCGCUCCUGACGCUCAACUCUGUGGCUGUGUCAUUGUUUCUGCUCUCGCAUCUGUAUGCCAGCAUCUAUACGCUGCUGCCGGCAUAUCUGCUGCUGGGCCUCACCGUCAGCGCCGCCACCAGCUGCAAGGCGGCCCUUAUUGUCCACUAUGGAGGCCGGUUGAGCUGCUCGCAGCAGGAGUGCACGGCACAGACGCAGACGCUGACGGCGUCGGAUGCCUUGCAUGAGGAGCACAAGAUGUUCUGCAAUCGUGAUCAGAAGGUGCGUCGCUUGGCCCGCUGGUUUCGUGCCGCCCACGAUAUGGGCCUGAUAUUGGGCGCCCUGCUUGCCUCCCUGCUGCUCCACUGCAACGUUAAUAAUUCGAGCUGCCUGCCCGCAAAUGGAACGGCCGAAAACCACUUGCCACAGCCGGAGAACUUUUACAAUCGGAACGAGCACGGCGAACGCAUCUGCGGCGCGGAUAUGUGCCCGUUGCUGGAGUCACAGUAUCAGAUGGACAACGGUUCACGAUCCAUCUACGCCGAUUUCAUUGAGAGCGGCGCCCGUGCCGGCGGGCAAUCGCUGCUCUGGGUCUAUGUGCUGCUGUCAGUGAUGGCGCUGCUGCUAUCGCUGGUCCCGGGUCGCCAGGUGCAGGUGCUGGUCAGCGGGCAUGUGAGGUAUGAGCGUGCCGCCAAGGAUGUCACCGAUACGCUUCUCUUCGCCGGACCGCUCUCAUAUUUUGUGGGCACCGAACAGGGAUACAUGCUCGGUGAUUUUCUGCGCGCCUUCUUCUCCUGCUCCCUGGGCAUUAGCCUGGUGCCGGGCGCUCUCAUCGGCAUGGGCCUCAUGCAGCUCAUCGUCUCCUGCACGCUCAGCAUGCUGUUGCGGCACACUAAGCGCAUUGUCGUCAUCCUGGCUGGUUUCUUUUUCCAUUCGUGCUUGCUGCUGGCGCUUUCCAGCUGGAAGCCAUCGAGCGAUGACAGUGCUCUGUUCUACGUGAUAGCCGCCUCGUGGGGCGCCUGCAAUGGGAUGUGGGAGACGCUGCUGCUCUCACUGGUCACGCUGAAUCACGUGCAGCACGAGCACGUGACGGAGGUGACGGCUCCAAUGCAGGGACUUCGUUUCCUUGGCCUGGCCAUAACAUUUGCGGCGCACGGCUUCCUCUGUGAGUCGUUGAAGAUAAUUGCGCUCGUUGUGCUGCUGGUGAUCUGUGUGCCGCCGUAUGCGAUGCUGGAGAUGCGACUGGAGGCGCAGCGCAAGGCGACGCUCAUCAGCUUAUGACGCAGCUAUUUCAGCUAGUCCCGGAGACGGGGCGCUGUGGCACGCACGCACACCAUGUAGAUGCGUAUGGCGCCACAGGCUCAGCAUUCAAGUGUUCGACUGAUACCAAGGAAUAGCCACGAUUUCGGACACCGUCCCGUGCAACUCAUUCAGUAUUCAAACAGAGACAAAGAGACAAACGACAAGGAGAUGAAGAAGAGAAGAAGCGAAUGCAGUAUUUAUGUCAAAGAUUUCCACCCAAACCCAAAUUUUGUUGAGGCAUGCCCCAAGUCCAAGGAAUAUAUGCCAAGCCCAAGUCCAUACACACAACUGUACUUAGCACGU